GGGCCGCGCUCGGGCGGCGAGACCGGCCUGCCCGGCGGGCGGCGGGGGCGCCAUGGGCAGCGGCAGCAGCCGGAGUGGCCCGGCCCUGCGGCGGCUCCGCAGCCCCGACAGCCAGCCGGCGGGGUCCGGCGGGGCAGCCUCGGAGGGCGGGACGCGGCCUCUGGUCUCGGCGACGGCGGCGGCCGCCCGGGAGGAGGCCGGGAAGGCGGAGGCGGCUGAGGGGGCGGCCGAGCCCGACCCCGGCCCCGCGGCGCCCCCCGACGGCGGGGACGAGACCCUGCGCCUGCUGGACCAGCUGCUGGCCGAGUCGGCGGCCUGGGGCCCGGGGGAGCUGGCCCCGCGGGGCCCGGCGCGGCCCCGACCCGCAGCCGGCGCCGGGAGCCGGGUGUCCUCAAAGCAGAGCACUGAUGAGCACCCAGAGAGCGCCGGAGUCUCCAGAACCCCGGAGAGCAGCCACAGGAGGCCCGAGAGGCAGUCGGGCAUCUCUGCCAUCUCCUACGACUACUCAGAAGAGGAGCUGAUGGCCAGCAUUGAGCGGGAGUAUUGUCACUGAGGCCUCCGGAGCAGCCCUGCAGGCCCCUGUCCCAGCCAGCCGGACACUGCUCCUCUGCCCCACCCCCACCAGACUGGGGUUGCACCCCGCCCCCCAGCCCUGCCCUGCCCAGGAUCUGGCUGGAGCUGAGCCCCUCCAACAUGCAGUUACUCCUGGUUCUUCCAAAGAUCCAGCUUCAAGCUUGCUGGCAAGGGGUGGUCAGCCGCGCAGACACAGGUGCGAAGGCAGGCGCAGGUGCGGCCCCCAGGUGCGGGCACAGGUGCUGCCCCCAGGUGCACGUGCAGGUGCUCUCCCAGCUGCUCCUGUCUCUGGGGAGGGCUUGCCUGCGAGGUUCUCCUGGAGCCUGAAAUGCUUCCCAUGUUGAAUGGCCCUCUCUGCUCCGGGACUAGGGCUCCUCAGUGAGUGGGGCCCAGACGGGCUCCCUUGGGGCCUCUAACACGUCCCUGAUUCUGUACACAAGCUGCCUGGAGAUGUGGAUGUGUGAAUUGGGGUUCUGUGGGUCUGGGGCGGGGCCAGAGAGUCUGCAUUUCUAACCAGUCCCUGGGGGAGACCCCUGCUCCUGGACCCCAGCCUCGCUCAGGGUAGGAAGGAUUGAGUCUAAGCUUUAGAACUUGUCUGACUCUUACUUCCCGGCGCUGGGGCUGUGAGAGCCACCGCCCGCCUGGCUCCCUGGAUAGAGGCCUGCUCCCCUCCUGGGCAGGUGUGAUGGAUGCAGCGUGCGGGGCUGCGAGCUGGAGCCCUCAGUUCUGAUCCCGAGUGAGCAGCCACUUCACCCCGUGGGCCUCAGUUUCCCUCUCUAGAAACUGACCCCUGGAGGCUCUUCCAGGCAUAGCAGCCCCGACAAUCUGGGAUCAGGCAGUUCCAGGAUUCCUCGAUCUCUGCUGUCCUGCCACCCCUUGGGGGCACAGAGCUGCCUCUGCAGCUGGGGGUGGGGGUUGGAGGGAGAACCCCAGCCCCACCUGGAGGAGGUCCUGAGAACACCUGCUCUCACCAGCCUGAUGGGACUGGUUUCCUCUCUUCCCACCUGGGAGAAGGCACAAAGUCAUCGUGGUGAGGCCAAGAGAGCCCAAGAACGUUCCUGUCUGACAGAUGAGGAAGCUGAUUUGCCGGGGAUGGCUGGGAAUCCAAGACGGGGCCGGGGGAGCCAGAGGCUGACCGGAAGGCAGGACCCCUGCGGGGGCGCAGGCAUGGCCGGCCUUGGAAGAAGGCUCUGGCUGGCGUGCGUUCUGGGUCCAGGUGGCAGGUCCCUCUGGAGCAGCUGGGAGGGUGUCAGAACAAAGGGGCACGUGGGUGCGACGUUAGCUUUUGCCAAAGCCAGAAGAGGUCUCAACUUGUCACAGUUCCCACCAACUCCGGCAGCCUCCCUGGUGUCACCAGCAAGACAUGAGAUCUUCUCGGGCACAGAUGCAGGGCCCCUUGGCACUGUCCCCAGACCCACAGGCCUGCUGCUGUCACAGGCAAACGGGUGUUUCCAUCGACUUUUAUUACUUGGCAAGACAGCCUUUGGUCAGCUGUUCCAUCGCUGGGAGAUUCGUACUGCCAAGCCAGAGGACGGUGCGUGGGGCCUUCCAACAGCCUCGAGUCCCCCCCACAGCCAGAGCUCCUCCCCAUGCAAGCCCAAAUCAUUUCUUUUGAUCAAAGAUGAAAGCCAUUUCUAUUUUAAUAAUACAGAUAUUUCUCUUAAAAGUGGUUAAUAUUUUCUUUCUUACCACCAGACACAUUAGGCCUUGAAUCUCGUGAUGUAAAAUGUUUGCAGUUUUACAUCAUUAUUUUUUUAAAAUGGAACAUAUUCGGCCAGCUUCCUGCAUUUUCCAGUGGAAACCUCACACAACCGUUCAUGAGAUGAAAGUGUUCAGAAAAAGAAGACAUCCCCCUGGGGCUACUACGGUCUGUGUCAGUGUCAAAGUGAGAGCCCGUCAUCAAAGCAAAGCAGUUGU